GAAAUUCUUUCAAAUUGUAAAUACCAAAAUCUCUCUCUCUCUCUCUCUCUCAAAAUGUGCCCUUUGAGACCAGGGCCUUCUCCUCCUACACCCACACUUUCUCUCUCUUCCCCUCUCUUUCUCCCUCUAAAACCCCUCUCCCUUUUCUCUCACCUCCCCAAUUUCAGACCCAAACGGUACCACAUUUUCAGACCAUGCUCUUCUCUCAAGGAAACCAGGAAAGAGGCUUCACAGAAGGUUUCGAGCGUUCCUCCUAACCUUAGGAUCGAAAAGGCCCAGAAUAGUGAUGAAGAGACAGAGGAGAGAAAAAAGAUUCAGAUUGUCAAUGAAGAGAAAGAAACUGUGGAAGAGGACAGUGGUGGAGAGACUGCUUUGAAAGGAACUGUUUUGGCUGGGGUUUUGCUUGUUGGGGUUAUCGGCGGGUUUGGAUCUGUGGGCUAUAUCUAUCGCGAUCAAAUUAAUGCUUUUCUUACACAGUUCUCAGGCUUCAUUGAGGAUUAUGGACCAGCUGGGUAUGCUUUAUUUGUGGCCGUUUAUGCUGGAUUGGAGGUUCUUGCAAUUCCAGCCAUUCCGUUGACAAUGUCUGCUGGACUUCUGUUUGGAACAGUUACAGGCACUAUUAUUGUUUCGAUCAGCGGAACGGUCGCAGCGACAGUUGCCUUUCUUAUUGCAAGAUACUUUGCUCGAGAACGGAUUAUGACAAUGGUGGAGGGAAAUAAAAAAUUUCUUGCCAUUGAUAGGGCCAUUGGUGAGAAUGGCUUCAAAGUUGUUACUCUUCUGAGACUAAGCCCUUUGCUCCCAUUUUCUCUCGGAAACUAUCUCUAUGGAUUGACCUCGGUGAAAUUUGUUCCUUAUGUUUUGGGCAGUUGGUUAGGAAUGCUUCCUGGAACUUGGGCUUAUGUCAGUGCUGGUGCUUUUGGCCGGGCCAUAAUUCAAGAAGAGUCAGAUGUGGGUUUGCCAGGUGGAAACGGUCAGUUAGUGACUCUUGGACUUGGCCUCUUGUUUACCGCCAUUGCUGCAGCUUAUGUCACACAGCUUGCAAAGGAUGCAGUAAAGGACAUCGAUGAAUAAGACA